GCGGCCGCGGCGGCCGGAGCGCAGGGAGCGGACUUUUGGUUCCUGGAACCUCGGUGCUGAAGACAGCUCAGCCGUGCACACAGCCAUCUGGAUGACAGGGCCAGAGCUGAUGGCACACAAUGUCAGCCACUAACAACGUCGCCCAGGCCCGCAAACUGGUGGAGCAGCUUCGCAUCGAGGCCGGGGUCCAGCGGGUCAAGGUCUCCAAAGCCUCGUCAGAACUCAUGAGCUACUGCGAGCAGCAUGCCCGGAACGACCCCCUGCUGGUGGGAGUCCCCGCCUCUGAGAACCCUUUCAAGGACAAGAAGCCUUGUGUCAUUCUAUAGCCUGGUCUCCUUCUGCGUCUUCUCUCUGUGUGUGUCUCUCCCUCCCUCUCUCCCUCCCUCCCUCCCUCUCUCUUUCUCUCCCCAAACCCUUCCUCUCCCUCUGUGUCUCUGUCAGGGCAUCCUUCAGUGCGUAGUCAAAGCAAAGCACUUUGGGUCCCUGAAACGUGUGAUGCCAAAAGAAAUGCAAAGCUCCGCCACCGCCCGGACGGCGUAAACUGUACCCGCUGGGCAACGAUGGGUUCCAGGCCGAACCGCGCUGCCCGAGGGGCCGGAACAUGGCUGCUGGCUGCACAGCUUCUUCCCGUUAGGGGGAACCGAGAUGCCCAAAGGAUGCGGUCGCCAUAUUUUUAAAUUGCCAUGGGAGCUGUGGCCCAGAGCCAGGCUGUCAGAGAGGGAUGGGAGGGGCGCUGGCCGCUGGUCCGGUGACCUGGGCAGCCUGGCCGGCUGGCCGUCUCACACAAUUGGCCACUUGUUAAAAAAAACUUCCUCCGCAGUGCGUUUUCUUCUGUAAAGCCGACAGUGUGGGGCCGGGGGCUGUCAUGAGCUUUACAGGAAUAAUCUCCCUAUCGUUUAGAAAGCUGUUGUCUGUACUGCCGACGUCGGUGU